AUGGAGAGGGAAGCGGUCAUUCGAGGUAUUCCCUGUACGAUCUCAUGCAGAAUCCCGAUUGACAGAAGACAGGCGAUGUUCGAUACUUUGGAGGCGGAUAUUGUCGUCUUCCAAGAAACCAAAAUUCAACGCAAGGAUCUCCGGGAUGACAUGGUGUUGGUUCCCGGCUGGGAUUGCUACUUCAGUCUGCCUAGAAUGAAAAAGGGCUACUCUGGUGUUGUAAUCUACACGCGCAAUGCAAAAUGUGCCCCAAUCCGCGCAGAAGAAGGUAUCGCAGGGGUCCUCUAUCCACCCAACACAUCGACUCCAUUUCGGGAACUCCCAGAAGAGCAACAGAUCGGGGGCUAUCCAACCAUUGAACAGCUAUCACAGUUUGAAGUAGAUCCGGCCAUCCUCGACUCAGAAGGUCGCUGUGUCAUUCUCGAGUUUCCGGCAUUUGUUCUGAUCGGCACAUACUGUCCAGCAAAUCGUGACGAAAGUCGCGAUUCAUUCCGUCAGAACUUCAUCGAAGCUUUGGACGCCCGUGUUCGAAAUCUGAUUGCCAUGGGUAAGAGGGUAUUCUUGACUGGGGACCUGAACAUUGCACGAGGAGAAAUCGACUCAGCACAUGCGGGAGAAGCAAUCCGUAAGGGGGCCGCGACGGAGGACGAAUAUGUGUCUACCCGGGUACGACGGAUCUUCAACCAGCUGCUAUCCGAUGGAAAGGUGAUUGGUGAGCGAGACGAAGGGCGAGAGAAGCCGGCUCUGUAUGAUAUUUGCAGAGCGUAUCAUCCUGAUCGACGCGGCAUGUAUACGUGUUGGGAGCAGAGACUCAACGCUCGGCCAGGGAACUUCGGCGCGAGGAUCGACUAUGUCCUGUGUAGUCUGGAUAUGCAGGAUUGGUUUUGUGAUUCAAACAUACAAGAGGGUCUUUUAGGAUCUGACCAUUGUCCGGUAUAUGCUACGUUCAAGGACUCGGUGACUAUUGACGGAAAUCCCGUCAAUAUACUGGAUGUAAUGAACCCACAUGGCAUGUUCCAAAAUGGCGAGCGUCAGCAAGAAUACUCAACCAAAUAUCUCCUCCCCAUAUCUGGACGGUUGAUACCGGAAUUUGAUAGAAGGAGAAACAUCAAAGAUAUGUUCGCGCGCAAGCCAGUGCAAAAGUCGAGUACCGUGUCUGCGACUCCAGAGCGAACUACGUCGGUUCAGGAAAAGGAAUCACAAUCACCCGCGACAUCAGACGGGAAUAACACGCCGUCUGCCCAAGUUACAGACGAAACAAAGAUUACCAAAGGCAUCACUCGCAAGAGAAAUCAAUCUGCACCGACAGCAUCCAUAAAGCGCACAAAAUCGACGGCUACACAACUCCCAGCUCCGUCAGCACCCGGGCAAAAGACUCUCAAAGGCUUUUUCAAACCGAAAAGCAGUCCCUCCAAGCCGUCUCCCACACAAAUCUCUGAUGACACACCCAGCGAACGACCCGAAUCCCCCUCCAAGCGCAGCAUCCCAUCCUCCAGCCAACCCGAAGACACCCCACCCCAAACCAAACCCCACGAUCCAUCGACCAAUGAACACGCCCCCUCCGCAUCCCAGGAAAGCGAAACCGUUAUCGACCCCAUCGUCAGCAAAGAAGACUGGUCCAAACUGUUCAGCAAGAAACCGCCACCCACGUGUGACGGCCACGAGGAACCUUGUAUCAGCCUCACGACGAAGAAACCAGGCGUCAACUGUGGGAGGGCGUUCUGGAUUUGUCAAAGGCCGCUAGGACCGAGUGGGAAUAAAGAGAAGGGCACGCAGUGGCGAUGUCCGACGUUUAUCUGGGCUAGUGAUUGGAAUAGCACUAUGGAGUAG